GUUGUGUAUACAUAAAUACACACGAGAGCCGAAGUGAGAUCCAGACCUCAACGGCGACUGCAAUUUGGGACUGAAGCAGCCAGCACGCGAUGAGGAAGUGGGCACUCCCUUCCGCACUCCUCCUCCUCCUCCUCCUUUCCACCGUCCCCGAUCAAGGGCGGAAGCUACACGCGAAUGCAGAGGACAGCGGGGAUUCGGAUGAGCUCGUUGAUCUGCCGAAGGUGGAGGACAAGCUCGGUGCUGUUCCCGUGGGGCUGUCGACUGAUUCGGAUGUUGCCAGAAGAGAGGCAGAAUCGAUCUCGCGGAAGACUCUGCGGAGCAACGCUGAGAAAUUCGAGUUCCAAGCUGAGGUUUCUCGGCUAAUGGAUAUUAUCAUCAACUCGCUGUACAGCAACAAAGAUAUAUUUUUGAGAGAGCUCAUCUCGAAUGCUUCUGAUGCGUUGGAUAAGAUCAGAUUCCUUGCACUUACUGAUAAAGAGGUCUUGGGUGAAGGCGAUAACACUAAGCUUGAAAUCCUUAUGAAGUUGGACAAGGAAAAUAAGAUCCUCACUAUUCGUGAUCGAGGUAUUGGAAUGACAAAGGAAGACCUGAUAAAAAACUUAGGGACUAUUGCCAAAUCUGGAACUUCAGCAUUUGUGGAGAAAAUGCAGACAGGAGGCGACCUGAGCCUCAUUGGACAAUUUGGUGUUGGUUUUUAUUCAGUGUAUUUGGUUGCUGACUAUGUUGAAGUAAUUAGCAAGCACAAUGAUGACAAGCAGUACGUAUGGGAGUCCAAGGCUGAUGGGUCAUUUGCUGUCUCCGAGGAUACAUGGAAUGAACCACUGGGUCGUGGGACUGAGAUAAGGCUGCAUUUAAGGGAUGAAGCCAAGGAGUAUCUUGAAGAAGACAAAUUGAAGGAAUUGGUGAAAAAGUAUUCUGAAUUUAUCAACUUCCCCAUUUACCUGUGGGCAAGUAAGGAGGUAGAUGUUGAAGUUCCAUCUGAUGAAGAUGAUUCUACUGAGGAAGAAGAAACUGCUGAAACUACCACUUCAGAAGAAGAAGAAGAAACUGAUGAGGAUGCUUCUGAGAAAAAACCAAAGACAAAAACAGUGAAAGAAAAGACUUUUGAGUGGGAGCGUCUUAAUGACAUGAAAGCUAUAUGGCUUCGUAAUCCUAAGGAGGUCACAGAUGAAGAAUAUUCAAAAUUCUACCACUCUCUAGCAAAGGACUUUGGUGAUGAGAACCCAUUGGCUUGGAGCCAUUUUGCUGCUGAAGGUGAUGUCGAGUUCAAGGCUUUACUUUUUGUACCUCCCAAGGCUCCUCAUGAUCUCUAUGAAAGUUAUUACAACAGCAACAAGUCCAACUUGAAGUUGUAUGUCAGAAGGGUUUUCAUUUCCGAAGAGUUUGAUGAACUUCUGCCUAAGUAUCUUAGUUUCUUGAAGGGUCUUGUUGACUCUGAUACUUUGCCGCUUAAUGUCUCACGAGAAAUGCUCCAACAGCACAGUAGUCUGAAGACAAUUAAGAAGAAGUUAAUCCGUAAGGCACUUGAUAUGAUCCGAAAAAUUGCAGAUGAAGAUCCUGAUGAGUUCCAUAACAAAGAAAAGACAGAUUCAGAAAAAGAAAGUGAAGAGAGUGAGAAGAAAGGACAGUACACCAAAUUCUGGAAUGAGUUUGGCAAAUCUAUCAAGCUUGGAAUCAUAGAGGAUGCUCAUAACAGAAACCGUCUCGCAAAGCUUCUUAGAUUUGAAAGCACAAAAUCUGAAGGCAAACUUGCCUCUCUGGAUGAGUACAUCUCUAGAAUGAAGCCAGGACAAAAGGACAUAUUCUACAUAACAGGAACUAGCAAGGAACAAUUGGAGAAAUCUCCAUUCCUUGAGAGACUCACGAAGAAGAAUUAUGAGGUUAUAUUCUUCACUGAUCCAGUCGAUGAAUACUUGAUGCAAUACUUGAUGGACUAUGAAGACAAGAAGUUCCAGAAUGUGUCGAAAGAAGGUCUUAAACUUGGAAAAGACUCGAAACUGAAGGACCUCAAGGAAUCCUUCAAGGAAUUGACAAACUGGUGGAAGGAUGCUCUCUCCAGUGAGAACGUGGACUCUGUUAAAUUAAGCAACCGGUUGGACAACACCCCCUGUGUGGUGGUCACCUCCAAAUACGGAUGGAGUUCAAACAUGGAGAAGAUCAUGCAGUCUCAAACCCUCUCUGAUGCCAGCAAGCAAGCUUACAUGCGUGGCAAGAGGGUGCUUGAGAUUAAUCCACGGCAUCCUAUCAUCAAGGAACUUCGUGAUCGAGUCGCCCAGGAUUCAAAGGACGAGGGUCUGAAACAUACAGCACGACUUGUUUAUCAAACUGCCCUCAUGGAGAGUGGUUUCAUUCUCAACGAUCCAAAGGAUUUUGCCUCCAGCAUCUACAAAUCUGUGCAGAAGAGCAUGGAUAUCAGCCCAGAUGCAACUGUGGAAGAGGAAGACGAUGCAGAGGAACCUGAGAUUGAAGAGAAGGAAUCAUCAACCAAGUCAGACGAUAAAGAAGACAACGAUGAGUCGGUGAAGGAUGAGUUGUAGAUUUUCUAGGCGCAAUAUUAAAAAAAAACAACAUGAGCAUCGUCCUGUUGCAGGUUUUGAUAAUUCCAACUAGGGCAACCCAGACGAUAAUCAACGGCUAGAACUAUCCCUUUUAUGUGUUAAAAUCACAGACCUUGAUUUAGAUUUUGCUAAUUCGAUGGCGAGUGUUUGUGUUAAUUAAGUCCACGCAUGCUGUAACUUCCUUUGGCAUUUUUCGUCGAACAUUAGUACUAGUUUAUUGUGAACCCUAGUUUUUGUUCUCUGAUCUAUUUGUUUAGUUUGGCUUAAA